GUUUUCGUAACAUCCGCGCGGUCAUCUCAAUCGCCCGAAAAAAUCACGCUCAAUCGUUGCGUCCGAUACGAGAUUGAUUGGUCGAUUUCAAACGAAAUAAUCGCGUUUACCGGAAUUGGUGAAAACGGCCUUUAACAUGUCAAACGUGCGACAUGCGUAUCUUCGCGAUUUGAACGGGGAGAAAGCAGAACGUGUACACGGGGAACGUAUAAAUAAAGUAUAUAAUUUGAUUUAAGAGGCUGCGCAAUAUUGCGCAAUAUAUCGUUGGAGAAAAAAAUAAACACACAAAUAGCGUGUUUCGUCACAUCGUUAUUUGACGGGAGACGGUGAGAGAGACAGAGAUAGAGAGAGAGAGAGAAAAGGAAAAAGAGCGAAAAGCGAGACAAUGGACUCGUUGUUUAAAGGAGUAUAAGAUUCGACUAUUGAUCGCGGGCUACAACGUGCGCAACUCUUGUGUGAUGUUCGUGAGUAAACGAUGUUUCAAAGAGCGCAGAGUAUUUUCGUAAUUUUUCUCGCGAUUUUUUACCGCACGUACUGCGGCGACAGCGCGAUCAAAAAUCCAAAUGAGAAGAGACACGACGGGGCGGAUGAUUAUCAGAUGUGCCUCGAGAGCUUCGACGUUCACAGGGACAAAAUUAUUAAAACUCAGGACUCUCGCGAUAUGGGCGCGAAGUACUUGAGCGUGAUGGAUCUCGACUCCAGAAUCGAGUGUUUGAAGUACUGCUGCGAGACCGAACAAUGCGACGUGUUCAUCUUCGAAGAAAAGAAACCAGGCAGUUGUUAUCUGUUUCAAUGCGGGCCGUUGCACGAUUUCAAGUGUAAAUUUACAAGACACACCAAUUACACCAGCGCCGUACGAACCAAUUAUCCCACGCAAAGCAAACAGGAGGAGGAAGAGAUCAGAAUAUCUCAACAGGAGCACGAGUUGAAGUCGCUUAGGAAAAAUACUGAAAUUAAAUCUGAUUAUGGAUUUACAGAAACCCCAGUCAAAUCAGUAGUAGUCACACAGAUACCAAAACUAAUACCGACUACACCUGCGCCAAUGAAACCAGCUUGCAGUAGAAAUCAAUACGAAUGUCGUUCGUCCGGAGACUGCAUAGCGAUAUACAACGUUUGCGACGGCAUUCCUCAAUGCGCUGACGGUUCUGACGAGGCGUCCGAUCUUGUGUGUCCUACGGAGAAAUCCACGAUUUCUUCGAUACCGCAAAUGCCUCAUCCAUCUUCGGAUAUUUUGAGAUACCAACAGCUGGCCAAUCACAAAUCUCCUCUCAAUUCGUUCUAUCCCGUGGCGCCGGAGAUUAAUCUGAAAAAUUGGGAGACGCAAAAUCUGCCACAACAAAUGUCGCAUCAGAAUGUUCUGUAUCCCGGUCAAUCGGUGGACGUGCCGCAGAUGCAUAAAAAUUACGGUUUACCGGGAUAUCAAUGGGAUUAUCAGCCUAUGUACGAACAAAAAGAUCUUUACGUUCCUGUUGACACGUUUCAGAAACAAAAUGUGAAUCCCUAUGAACAACAACCACAUAUAUUCAAUCACAAGGGUUUGAGCGUUAUAGGAAACAACGAAGCGGACAGAGAACUGUAUACGGAUCCCAAACAUUCCUAUCCGUCGCAUUUUUCCUUGUCAAAUAAAGCAGUUUGGCAAGAAACUCCGGUGCAUUUAUCUCCGUCUGUUGCGCCAAAUUUUCAGCCUCAGCAAGUCACUAAUGUAGAAAAUGUCGCAAAAAGUACAAUGACGCCAGCCUGUGAUACUUCUGGAGAACAGAAAAAGGAAUUAAAGCAAACUAGCGAGCCUGUGAAGAAGGAAGAGAAAACCGACUCGAAACAUACAAAUAAGGCGAGUAAACAGGUCACUGAGAAAUCACUGAUAUCAGCAAACGAAGUUGCCAAACAUAAUCAUGGGAAAGAAUCAAAAGAUCAUAAGAGUGUGGUUGUAAUUGAAGAGCAUGCGAGAACGCACGAGAGAGUCGAUCUUGUCGCAGAACGCCUUCAAAUAUUUAAAAACGACGUUUUAAGGCCCAAAGGAGCGGUAGUGUCAUUGUCAUUGGGACUUAUAGCGACCGCAAUCACGGUCGCUUUGAUUGUUUGCCGAUUACGGGUGAUAAAACGGCGUGGGAGAUGCGGUCACGGACCUUAUGCUCACGAUGCGGAUUAUUUGGUUAACGGGAUGUAUUUAUAAUUGUACAAAAACAACAGCGAAAGCAACUUACUUUCUAAUUUGUUUAUGUAUUUGUUUGUGUAUUUGUUUAUGUAUUUUUAUAAUUAUAUAUAUAUAUAUUAUUACAUGUGAUAUCAUGUUGU